UGGAUAUGGGCCUUUUGUUCACCCGCCCGAUAUGUUCACACUGUUUACAGUUUGGCGUAAAUGCAUUGUGACGAAUUUAAGAUCUCAUACUAGCUUUCCUAGUUGUGAUUGUCGAAUUGACUUUGGUACAUGCUGUUAUUGAUUGCUAUCAGUUGUUUUCACUUAUAAAUGUGUCAUUGUCAGAUUGCUUAUAUUUCUCACUCCUAUCAAAACAAAACUACAACUUGAUUUCUUCCAUUCAUUAGAACAUUAGAAACCACCUUACUUAACUAUCAAGUUGAGUACACUCUCAAUGGACUUUAUAUUGAAACCAGUUAUUUCAUGUGCUGGUGAUGAAAAUCUUUUGCCUUAUUUCGAAAGCCGCUGUUUAUCGACUUUGGGGAGUCAGCAGGUGGUAUGGAAGCAUCCCAAACUGUCAAUGGUUCAUUCUGUACGAUUGGGAGCAUGUUUUACAAGAUUUCGUGUUAGCCAGUUACAGUCUAACGUCAAAGUUUUAUCAAGUGGAAGACCUAUUCGACCUGUCGGUACAUUUCAACCAUUACUUUAUAUUUAUGUGACUUCAAAUGAUGUUUCUCAUUAUACAUCACAUGGUGGACGGAAUGCUAUCGGUAGUUGGUUAGGCCAUUUACGUGCCAGAAAUGUAUUUGACUGGCUUAUUAUUAUGGUUAAUUCUGAUCCACAGUAUAACACACCAAAAAUUCUGCAAAAAUCGAAUGUACUUGACAAAAUUAGAAGUGAUUUUAAUGUUCGUACAGGCGACCGACAAUUUUUAGAAGUACCAGCACCUAAUUCAACUGAAGAAAAACUAUUCAAUGAAUCAUGGAAUCAGUUAACUUAUCUUGUUCGUAAAUCUAUCAUAUCGGCUUGUAUGUCAAUUAUUGCUGAUUAUGAUAUACAUUUACAAAUGCUGACCGAUUCAUGUUCAUCCUUUACAUGGGAUUAUUUUGAGUAUUUAGAUAGAAAGGAAGAAUUAGCGCAUAUGUAUUUGUUUCUUGGUGGACAUGAGCAUGCUUUACAUGAGUAUCGUGAAGCAACCGAACUACUUUCUAAAUGUAUUCAAGCGUCAACACAACUAGGAUCUAAACGUCCUCAAUGGUUAGAUCGAUUAACACAAUUAUCAUCAUCGGAUGAAGUAUCACAUUAUGUGUGUGAUUAUUCUUUAGAUGUGACUAAUACAGAAAUAAAACAGUCUAUUCGUUUAAAAACCCGUAACGCUACAUUAUUCGAAUUGAAAAAUUACCUUUUAUCCAGACAAGCAUCAAUAUUAUGUAUAUGUGAUCGAUUAAAUGAAUUUCCUGCAUUUGCUUAUCAUACCAUUUGUUCUACAUUGACUGAAAUAAACAUAUUAGAUAUUCAAAUGGAUAAUUUAUUUCGCGCGGUUUGGAUUCUGUGUAUUUGUUUAAAUACACUGACAAAUAUCCGACUAGAUUCAGAUCGUUCAAUGGAUGAUGUUAAUAAAUCAAUUAUUGAAUUAUUGGAUACAGCUUUUUCAUGCAAUAAUAUUUUAGAGAAUAUUAAUUUUACACGCCUUUCAAAGUUAUCAUUUAAUAGGCAGUUGUCGUCGUCAUCAUCAUCAUCAUCAUCUUCAUCACCGACCAUAACAACACAAAGUGUAUUUAUCGAUGCUAACAAAGAUUCAAAUGUUACUAUUUGGUAUAUGAGUCAUUUAGUGGAUAAAAUUUUCACACAUUUUCGUUGUUAUGAAUAUCCAUUAUUACGUAAUACUUCUCAUUUAUCACCUAUCAAUAAUGUUACUAGUUCAUCAACAGAAAAUUCAUCAAUAAUCCAUAAAUUUUCAUUCAAUAAAAUCAAUAAUGAAAAAGAUAUAUUUUGUUCAGAAAAUUAUUCUAUUGAAUUAUGGUUAAUUGUAUUUAAUUAUAUAAAACAAAUUGGACAAUUCAUUGGUUUAUGGUGUAUCAAAUCGAAUUUAUCUAUUCAUCGUGAAAAAUAUUCAUUAUUCAAUAAAAUAAUUACUGAUAGUUUAAUUAAUAAUCAACAAUCAAUAAUUAAAGAUUUUAUUCAACAACAACAAAAUGAUAAUGGAAAUCAAUUAAAAUUAGAAAUAGAUCAAAUGCAUAUAGAACAAAUACAAUUAGAUCAUUCUAUAUUAUUUGCUCAUAAUCAUUUAAUUCCAUUAUUUACAUCAUCAUUAAUUUAUUCACAAAUUUUUACAUCAAUUGGACAAACAUUAAUUGGUUUUUUAAAAUUAAUACAUUGUCCUAAACGUGCAUAUGAAAUUGUUUAUGAUUUGGCGGAUUUCUUAUUUUCACAAGGAGCUCAUGAAUCAGCUUCAUGGUUAUAUGAGUCACUAAUAAAUCAUUAUGAUGAAUCUUCGUGGAUUGGUUUAGUAACAAGUACACGUAUAUGCUUGGCAUGGUGCUACCAUUCCUUAUGUGUAAAGAAGCAUUUUGAAACUAAAGAUGAUUACGAAAUUGCUCGAAAAUACAUUCAAAUCUGUUUCAUCUUAGCCGGUACAAAACAUUCUGUAUUACGUACAGCUGCUAUUCAUGUUUACAAUAAAAUUCAAUUUUGGUAUCAAACAAUAAAUUUUACACAAAUUUUAUCGAUACCAUCAUUUAAUGAUUCAAUUAAUCCAAAUUAUUGGUGGAAAGAAGCUGUUGAAUUUCGUAAUUCUUUAUUAGCCUAUCAUCAAUGUAUUGUUUUGAAUCCUUAUCAAAUGUCACCAUUGUUUCGUUUAAAAUCUGUUGAAUUGGAAGGUGUUUGUAAUUGUGGUUAUCAAUUGAUUUUUAUUCAAUUAAAGUCGAAUUCAGACAGAACAUUUAAAGCAUCAGUACACAUUAGUGGAUCAGAACCUUCGUACAUUGACUGGCAAACAUUGUUGAAUCCAAAUGAAUUUCUGCCUUAUCAUGUAAUGGAUAAAACUAAUCAAUUAUUGAUACCACAGUUAGAUAGCCAACUACAUUUGAUCAAUUUGACUACUGCUCCUAGUAUCUCUGUUGUCAAAAGCUUAGCAGGUAGUAAUGUGAAUAACCCGAUAAUUAUUGGUAGUGAUAAUAAUAAUAAUCGUAAUAGUAGUAAUAAUAUUAGCACUGGCAGUCAUAAAGUUAUCUUACGUGGUCAAUUCUCUACUUCAUCUGAAAAAAAUUCAAGACAAUACAAUAAGUACCAUUUACCAACAACCGAAAUGACUGUCUCGACUCGUCGAAGUUAUUCCAGUAUACCAGAUAGUUCUAAAGAAUAUCUGAAUAAAAAUUUAGCACUUAAAGGAAAUCAAUUGAGAAUUAGUAAAAUGAGUCAGUCACGUUUAGGUUCAUUGUUAAACGUUGCUGCAUCAUUGGCCAGUAGACCAGCAUGGAAAUCUCAAGAUACUAUAGGCGUUAUGAGUGAUGAGCAUAAUAAUACUCCUAUUUCUACCCCACAUAUAAUACAGAAUGGCAGAAUUACACGGAUUCCUUCUGAUGGUUUAAUCGAACCAAAUAUUCAUAGUUCAAUACAAAUUUUAAGACAACAUUCACUCUGUCCAACGAAAAAACGAUCACGUAUAUCAUUCAGUAUUAAUGGUAAACACGAUAUGUUUGGAAAUGAAAAUAGGGAAUCAUCUACUCUUGUUUCAACUAAAAAUCCACUUUUUAUUUUAAAUCAUGAAGAUUCUUUUGUAAUGAUAAAACCUGGGUUAAAUAAAUUGUCAUUUAUAGCUAAUGCACCAGGAUUUUUAAUUCCUGAGAAAAUUUUCAUUAAUUGUCUUGAUGAAAUCAAUACUGAAUUAAAAGAAGCAUUAACAGAACAAGAAUCUGUGGAACCGUCAAUUAAUAGUCGUUCCGAAGUAAAUUUCGUAUCAGAUAUAGAUGGUGAUGUUUUUGGAUCUAGUUGGCGUGAUACUGCAAUGAUGAAAACAUUGUUACCUAAACCAGAGAUUUCAAUAUCAAAUAACUUGAGUGGUAAACGAUAUCCAGUUGUGUUUGGUACAUGUCAACCAAUUCCAGUUCAAUUAAGAUUGGGCAAACUAGGCUUAUCAGAAGAUUGUAAGUUAAGCACAAGUCUAUAUCGUAUUCGUUCAAAUAAUAAAAAUUUUGUAUUCAAGACUAAAGAGGAAACAAAUCUCAUUAAAACUUAUAAUAACCCUAAUGGUAAUGAUGGAAAUGAAACAAUUUUCAAUAAUCAAUCCAGUACCACUGUUGAUGGUGGUUAUCAAAUAUGUAAUCAAUAUAGUGAAAAUGAUUAUUCAUUAAUUUCUAAUUCAUCGGAAAAUCAUCAAGAUGAACAUUUGCAUAAAAAGCAUCAAACUUUAUUUAGUCAAUUUAUUUUAGAAGAUGGACCAGUUGAUUUUAUACGAGAAUAUAAUCCAUUAUCACAAAGUUUAAAAUGUAAAAUUAAUCAUCCUAUGCCAACAUUUCCACCUGGAUGUUGUUUACAAUUAAGUAGACCAUUAUAUCUAUCGGCUACAUCUUGCAAUGAUCAAUUUGCACUUUCAAUGCCUAGCGGACAUUAUUGUAUUCUACCAGUAGAUAUUAUCAAACCGCUUGGAUUCAAUUUGAAUAUAUUCCCUUUACCUAAAACAUACGUUAUCUUCAGUCUAAACAUUACUUGUGUGGACACUGACCCAGAUUCAACUAUAACACCAGAAGCAUACUGCAGUCAAAAUCUACUUUGCAAAGACCCAAUAACAUUUGAAUUGUCUAAUAUGCGAUUCUAUAUUUGUGCUUCAAAACUUUACUUAUCCAGACGUCUAGCACUAAGUAGUUCCUUUUCAAAUGGUCAGAAUCAACCUUAUAAUCGUCAACUGAAAUCACAUAGCUAUCUCUCGUUGGAAGAUAGUCAUCAAAUUACUGGGGAUAUUACUAAAAAUGAUGUCCUAGAAACAGGUUCCGGGGACAAAUUAUACGAUACUGUCAAUCAAACCAUUGAAUCUUUAACCGGUGACCUUCUGGACAAUAGAAUCACUAAGGCUGAAGAUAAAAAGAAUAAUCUCUGUUAUUCAGGUUAAUUCUUCAAUAUGAAUCGAAUAUAUGAAUGAUGUCACGUUAACUGGGUAUUUUUUUGUUGACUUGGGCCAAUUCUUUUAAUAGUCCUAUGAAUAUUUACUCAAGAAUAUGCAGAAACCAGAACAUUAAUUAUUGAGAGAGUUUGUGUUGUUACUAUUUGGUUAAUUCGACAAACACUCUAUGAGCAAGCACCACCGGAAAGGAAAUGAGUCCAAAGAAUUGAAUGUAUAUUUCCUGAGUGGUGAUCAAUAAGUGGGUAGAGUUUUCACUGAUUAUCUGUGUUUACAACCAACGAGAGGAUAGAUAAAUAUUAAAGUGCAGACAUAUGUUCAAUCAAACUCAAAAACAGUUAUGAAAAUAUGUCACUCAUUUAACACCAUUUUCAAUACCUUGGCGUUUCAAAUCAUUAGAAUAUAAUAAUUUUAUGAAAGUUUGUAAAGAAUCUCAUUGUCAACCAAUUGGACGUUUCGAAUGUACAAUGAAUCGAAUUGGUAAUGUUAAAAAAGUUAAUCAGGAUAUAAGAGUGGAUUGUGCUAUUAGACAACAGAUAUAACUGGAAUUCAUCAUUUAAGUCUGGUAUAUUUUUUUCUUAGUACUUUUGAUAUAAAUACCUUUUUGAAGUGCAUUAUAUUCAAGUAUUCAAUAUUGACCUUAUCAAUUUAAGAAAUCUUACUUCUUAUAUGUGAUGUGAAAGAAGACAUUUUUAUCUGAUUUCGAACUUAUUUCCAAAUUCAUGAUUUUUAAAUCUUUGACUUAUGAUUGUUUAUCAUGCAAAAAAAAGAAGAAAUACUGUGAUGCAUAUCUAUCUAUUCCAUUUAUCUGUGAUACUAUGAUAACUUGAACUGUUCACUAGGACUCUAUUUUGUAUAUAUACCCACAAUUUGAGAUAUUCUGUUUUCUAAUAAUAACAUCCUUUCAUUAUCUUUUAAAACGAAACUACUAUUCUUUUUAACACAUAAAGUAUUUGCAGCACAUGUAUCAUUUUGAUUACAAGUGACUAUUUGGGCAAAUUCCAUGGAUUUCAGUUAGAUACGUAUAUUACUGGGUACAUGUGUUCGUAAAAUGUUAAUUACAAAUAGAUUUGAUCACUGUCUACUUAUGAUUUGAUAGAUUAAAAUACACUAAAUAUAACCAUUUAAUGCAACA